GCCAGGUAGGUGCUCCUCCGCUGCACCGCCAUGCGAGCAGUCAGCGCUUUGGACUUCCGCCGGCAAGACGUCCAUAUGGCCAUGAAGAAAAGAUAUGUGAAGCGCCUCGUGCGCAAGGUGAUCCUGUAUUUGAUGGUCAUCGUCACCGUUUCCCUGGUCACCACUAUGAUAGUCGAGCGGCGGAUGCGAAAGUCCGAGGAAGCGGAAGAAAAACUCGACCCGAAUGGGGAUCCUAUAACGCCCGUUUUCAGGGCUGCUAAUAUACAUCCCACCCGGAAGGCCCCACGGCCUCCGUAUCAGGAUCGCAACUCAGUAGUCGAGCUGCCCAAAAGUGAGAAGCGUCAGGGUUUCCAGCUUCCGGAACCGAAAGGAGAGCGCAAGGAUUGGCACGACUACGCUGCCAUGGAAGCGGAUAGAAAGCGAACCGGGUUAGGUGAGCACGGAGAAGCUGGAAAAAUCGAAAAUCCCGAAGAAAAGCAUCUGGAAACCGAGAUCUACGAGAUGAACGGCUUCAACGGCCUCUUGUCUGAUCGAAUCUCCGUGAAUCGAUCUGUGCCGGAUGUCAGACUUGAGGCGUGUAAGUCCCGGAAGUACUUGGCAAAGUUACCCGACAUCAGUGUGGUCUUUAUCUUCUUCAACGAGCACUUCAAUACCUUGCUGAGAUCCAUCUAUAGUGUAAUAAAUCGCACUCCACCGGAAUUACUGAAGCAAAUUGUCCUCGUGGACGAUGGUAGCGAGUGGGAGAACUUAAAGAAGCCCUUAGAUGAUUACGUGGAGAAACAUUUUCCGCAUCUAGUCACCGUAGUUCGAAAUCCGGAGAGACGAGGGCUGAUUGGAGCGAGAAUAGCAGGAGCCAAAGUGGCCAUCGGGAAAGUAAUGGUCUUCUUUGACUCUCACAUCGAAGUUAACUACAAUUGGCUUCCUCCCUUAAUCGAACCGAUUGCCAUUAAUCCAAAGAUCUCCACGUGCCCCAUUGUGGAUGUCAUCAUGCAUGGUGACUUCUCUUAUUCAGGUGGAUAUCAGACAGGAGCUCGAGGCGGUUUCGAUUGGAAAUUUUACUAUAAACAAUUGCCUGUUCUACCCGAGGAUGCUGCGGACAAUUCCAUGCCCUACCGAAGUCCCGUGAUGAUGGGCGGUUUGUUCGCCAUCAACACGGACUUCUUCUGGAACCUUGGUGGCUAUGACGAUCAGUUGGACAUAUGGGGCGGGGAGCAGUACGAGUUGAGCUUUAAGAUCUGGAUGUGUGGCGGCAUGCUGCUGGAUGUUCCCUGCUCCAGGGUAGCGCACAUUUUCCGAGGACCCAUGAAACCAAGGGGCAAUCCAAGGGGACACAACUUUGUGGCCAAGAACCAUAAACGAGUGGCGGAGGUUUGGAUGGAUGAGUAUAAGGAAUAUGUGUACACCCGAGAUCCGGAGACCUACAAAAACCUGGAUGCCGGAGAUCUGACUCGCCAGAAAGCAAUUAGGGAGCAGCUGAAGUGUAAGAGCUUCCACUGGUACAUGACGGAGGUGGCUGCCGACUUUCUCGAAAAAUUCCCGCCUGUAGAGCCACCAUCCUAUGCCUCCGGCGCCAUUCAAAACUUGGCCAAUCCGAUUUACUGCCUGGAUAACAUGGGCAACGAAAAAGAUGCGGCGGUGGGAAUGUUCAGCUGUGCGGAUAACAAAACCCAUCCCCAACACAAUCAGUUCUGGGAGCUCUCCAUCCAUCGAGAUCUGAGAAUGAAGAAUUUCGAAUCAGUGUGCCUGGAUGCCCAUGAGCCACUGCCCAAUACCACCGUUUGGUUGUGGAACUGCCACAGCCAGGGUGGCAACCAGUUUUGGUACUACGACAGGGAUAACCAGUGGUUGGUCCACGGAGAAAGUGGCGACCGCUGCUUGGAGGGAUUUGUAGAGAACGGCAAUGCCAAAGUCGUCCUCAAUCGCUGCGAAAGGAACAACGAUCGCCAGCGCUGGCAGUUCGGAUUCGUGAACCACACCAUGAUGGACGAUUUCUACAAGGGAUUGAAGUAGUCAUCUUUUUAAAAUAAACCACUCCCUUUUAAGUAACUACAGCCACAUGUCGAUCGGAUAAGUUCGGAGACCUCGAUCGUCACGGGUUUAGUUCAUUGAUCGUUGUGAAGGUUUCAGAAAAAGUUCGCCAAGUAAAUUCCAUUUUUCCAUUAAUUCUUGCCCCAUGCAUUAUUGAUAUACAUAUGGUAGCGGAAAGUGAAAGAUCUGGACGGUCAGAUCGCAAUCGGACCGAAGAUUCUGUCCGAUCGGAAGCCACAAAUUCAGCUCUUUAUUUGCGGUCUAUACACUGUCUUUAGGUAUUAACAAUUUGAAGAGAUAUAAAUUAAAUUUUCGAAAAUGAAACAGACUUGAAUGUUAAUAAAUGUGUAUAAAACUA